GAAAAAAUGAAAUCUGGAGCUCGAUUUGAAUAGGUCGUAUGUGCUUUUGUCGAUAUAAAAUUCGAUCAGUUUAUUUUAGUCAUUGUAGCAAUAUGGCAGAUAUUUUGCAAACUUUUAAUGAUGGAACAGAAAGACUGUUUUGUGAGGAUUCUUCUGUAUGUAUCAACCUUGCUCAAUUUCAAUAGUUUUCACUAUAAUAAGCGAAUCCAACUGAUCGAAUUUUUAAUCGACAAAAGCACAUACGACCUAUUCAAAUCGAGCUCCAGAAAUCUCCUGUGUAGAGGCACCCGUGACGUCAGACCGUACUGAUAGGAUUCCACUACAUCAUACGAAAUGAAAUGGUCGUACCUAGAACGAUUUGUAUAUGGACUAAACCGUCAAAAGAUGGAAAUGAAUGAAUCUCAAUGUAAAUAGAAGUGGAAAAAGAGCAAUAGGGCUGAGUUUUGUAGAAGUGAAUUUUUAUUGAAAUUAUAAGUUUUGGCAAAAAAGGGAAAAAAAGUUUGGAUUAGUUGAGGUAAAAGCGAGUUACGAAAGCGGUAUUAAGUAAGUUGGAAUAAAGGUUUAAAUGAAAUUUAUUGACUAAACAUGAAAACAUUUAUACAGAAAGUAGCAGGUUCCGCAGUAAACACAUAUUACGUAGCAUAAAAACCUAAAGGAAAACUAUCCAUGUGAGAUGAGUAAAAGCUGCUAAAAUCGAGUUUGUAUUAAAUGAACAAUAUAUUUUUAGUUUUGAGCUGUGCAAAAAUCAACGCUGCUUCAAAAUUAGUUUUUCUCGGCGAUCCGAAUAUCCUCAAAAAUGGAUACACAGUUGCCAGGGGACGGAUCUAACCUCACCGAUGACAAGACGGCGUACAACUGUGCGAUAUGUAGUCGUCCGGAUCACGACGAGGAUCAUAUGGUGUUCUGCGAGGGUUGCAAGGUAUGGCUACAUUUCAGCUGUGCCGGUGUAGGAUCAGAGGUCGAGUACGACGAGAACUGGCGAUGCUCUUCGUGCCGUGAAUUUGACCCGACUAAGUCGAGUGACGAGGAAAGCGAUGCUGAAGGUGCUAUUUCUGUGGAUGAUACGAUUGAUGGAGCUGGAAAAAGCAGUGCCCAAAAUCUCCAAACUGUCUCGGAAGACGAAGAGGUUGCCGCGGCAAUAAAGAGGAUGAAGAUGGAGAAGGAGCGUAUGAAGAGACGGAUGGAGCAGAAGCUGGCGCUGGCUAAGGCCCAAAUGGAACUCGAGAACGAGAAGCUUGAGAUGGAGUGGGCCAUGGAGAAGCAAAUCAUGGAGAUGAAGAUUGCAUCGAAGGCGGUUUUCCAGAAGAGAAGAAGAAAAGAAGAGAUGGAAAAGAAGAAGUUGCAGAAUCAGCUUCAGGAACUGUGUAACGGCGAAGUGCGGAUGGAAUCAGAGAUCCGGAAGCUGGAGAAGCAAAAGGAAGAAGCGAAACGAUCGGUAGCGGAUAAGAAGGGAACGAGAACUAAACCGGAAGAAAUACCGACAAGGCCGGUGAGUUCCACUCCGAUAGUGCAUCCAGAAGCAAGUACGUCCACAGCUGGGGCGAAGAAGAAGAUCGUCGAUCGACAGGACUUGGUAGUACCAGUUGAGAAGAAGAAGUUCUGUGGAAAUGCGAAAAAAGAAGAAAAUGUGUCCAAAGAAGAAAGUGAGAGUUGUGAAGAGAGCUCACAAGCGGAUUCGCUGAGCGAGGAUCAGAGCGAAUCGUCUAGCGAAACAACGACCGAUAAAGAGGAAGAACAGAAGGACAAAAAGAAGCGAAAUAGGAAGGAAGAAGCGGCUCCAACGAAAGCACAAAUAUCAGCGAGGCAGUUUCUAUCGCGAAAGCUGCCAAUAUUCACCGGCCGGCCAGACGAAUGGCCUAUAUUUAUUAGCAGCUUUAAUACGACGACCAGAGCUUGCGGGUUUUCAAACCUUGAAAACCUGGCACGAUUGCAGGAGAGCUUGAGAGGCCCUGCGAGAGAGGCGGUGUGCAGUAGGAUGUUGUUGCCAGAAGCGGUCCCUCAAAUCAUUGACACGCUGCGGAUGUUAUACGGGCGGCCGGAACAACUGCUCAACACAUUACUAGCGAAGGUACGGAAAGCGGAACCUCCGAAGGCAGAGCGGUUAGAAUCGUUCAUCAGCUUUGGGAUGGUGGUUCAACAGUUGUGUGAUCAUCUCGAGGCGACCCAACUGACUGAUCACCUAGUGAACCCUCUGUUGAUUCAGGAACUGGUAGAGAAACUACCGCCGUCGACGAAAAUGGAUUGGGUCCGAGUGAAGCGACAGCAUAUCAAAAUCACCCUGCGUACACUGUCUGAUUUCCUGUCGGAUCUGGUGUCUACGGCAAGUGAGGCGACUGGGAUAGUUGAUGUACCAGUGCAGAAUCCAGUAAAUCGUCCCGGGAAGUCCAAAGGAGGGAAGCAAAGAGAGUAUGAAAGUCAUACCAACACGCACAUCGAUGAUUCGUCGAAGAGACCCGAGCACCCAAGAACGCCCUGUCCGGUGUGUCGUCGCACUGAUCAUCGACUAAGGAACUGUGACGAGUUUCGUAAGAUGAAUGUUCAUCAACGUCUGCAAGUUGUGGAAAGAUUCGAGCUGUGCCCGUCCUGCUUGAAUGCUCACGGGAAAAGCCGGUGCAAGGCGAAUAUCCGGUGCAAAUUUGAGAGGUGCCAAGGCCAACACAACACAAUGCUGCAUCGUACGGUGCCUGAAAUGCGUUCGGAUUGCAACGCCCACAGUGCGACUGUGCAGUUGCCAAUCAUCUUUAGAAUGAUCCCGGUAACGCUAAGCUUCGGGAAAAGAUCAGUCACUACAAUGGCAUUUCUCGACGAAGGUAGCUCUUACUCUUUGAUUGAACAUUCCGUUGCAAAUCAUUUGAAAGCGGUUGGAAAGCCGCAACCGCUACGAGUAACUUGGACAGCAGGAAUGAGUAGACUGGAACGAGAUUCGGUGCUGCUGAAUCUGGACAUUUCUGUCGUCGGAUCACAGGAAACGUUUCCGAUGAACAAUGUCCACACCGUCGAACAACUCAAGUUGCCCAAGCAGUCGUUAAACUACCGUGAGCUAGCCGAACGAUAUGGUCAUCUUCGACAUCUUCCGUUGAUUGAAAACCCGAGUAAUUCACCGAAGAUCUUGAUAGGUUUGAAGCACCUAGAUCUGUUCGCUCCUAUUGAAUCGCGUGUCGGACAAAGCGGAGAGCCGAUUGCAAUCAGGUCUAAGCUUGGAUGGACGGUAUACGGCCCCCAAGAAGGAGGCAGUCUGCGUACAGCAUACGUCGGCCAUCAUUCAUGCACUGGUGUAUCGAACCAAGAAUUGCAUGAUCUUCUAAAGUCGCACUACGUGUUAGAAGAGGCUGGAGUUUCGGUAGAAGUGCUUCCGGAGUCAGCGGAAAAUCGACGAGCCCGUGAAAUACUCGAGAGAACAACGAAGAGAGUAGGAGACAGAUUCAUCACGGGAUUAUUAUGGAGAGAGGAAAAUCCGAUGCUACCGGAUAGCUACCCGAUGGCGGCACGCCGCAUGAGGACUUUGGAGAAACGCUUGUCCCAAACACCAUUACUGAAGCAAAAACGUCGAGAAUCAGCUGAUCGAGCACCAAACAAAAGGAUACUGCCACGAAGCGACGGUCGAUGAGUUGAGAGAUACUGACCAGAAGA